AUGGGCUCAAAGGAAAUGCCAGAAGUCCCAUGGGAGGAGCACUUCAGGGAUGUUGACAAGCAAGACAAUCAAAGAUGGACAUAUCCAACAUCAUUUGCCUCGACACCAGAGCAGCUAGCCAAAGGUCUGAACGUCGCAAGUACUUACCUCUUCCCCAAUGCCUCGAUGACUAUUUCGAACUCCUCUGACGCCGACUUCGAACUGAUCAGUGAAAUAAGAAUAUUGACUGAGGCGUCUUUAUCAACGGCCAGCUGCACCCCCAAGUACGAGAAAGCGCCCCUUUUCUUCCAGAGCAUAGUCCGCGAUGUCAUCACGGGACAUUAUAACCGUGAGAAAGCUGAGGGGUGGAAGGUCUGGCCGGCAAAACAGACUACCCAGUGA